UCCGGCUUCCUGCCUGCAUGCGUGAUUGAUUGCCUUGCCACGCCGCUCACGCCAGGUUCCAGUUCCACCACGCCGCCGGCCGGUUGUGACGGAAGAGGGGCUGGGCAUGGAGACGGAAGAGGGGCUCGACCUGAGCCUGUCGCUGCGCCAGUACACGCCGCCGUGGUCGCAGCUGGUGUUCGCCUGCUGCUACUGCCCACGCAGCUUCAGGAGCUCCCAGGCGCUCGGCGGCCACCAGAACGCGCACAGGCCGGCCAGGCCCAGGCGGGCCACGGCGCUCUCUUCAGCGGCGGCGGCGGGAGAGCUUGGUAAGGCCGCCGUCGACCACCACCGCAGCGCCUGGCCGCGCCCCGGCGCCCACGCGUGGCGAGCAGGACACAGCCAGCAGGCCUCGUCCGGGACAAGAAGAGGCGACCAAGAGCUUGCGGAUGAGGCGAUUGAUCUGUCCCUCAAGCUAUGAUCGAUUCAACCUAUCCAUGCAGGUGAAGGCACUAAGGACAUGCAGUAGUGCUUCGUUCCUCUCUUCCAAUAGUUUCAUUUCUUGCGCUGUUGUGUUUCUGCUAUCGCUUACCGGGUUAAAUAAUUAUGUUGUGUUUCCAAUAUCAUUGUUCUUCUACUAAUAUUGUGUUCUCAUUAUUGUCGACAUCCUUGUCGCGUUGGCAUUGCCAAUGAUUAGGAAAACAGGAUCAUCAACAAUAUAUAUAUAUAUAUGGGCUAGUCCUACAGGCCUG